ACUCACUGCUGUCCGACACUCGAAGCGGGAGUCGUGCAAGAACCGACGUCGCCGUCCAAGUCCGGACAUCCCUAUCUGACGUAGACGGUGCACGAGCCAUGGCGCAGCAGGGGACGCCCCGGACCGGUGUGCCGCCGCCCGCCAGCAGCAUGGCCGAGCGGCUGCUGGUGGCCGGCACCUCAGCCUGCAUCGCCGACGCUAUGACCUUCCCACUGGACACGGCCAAAGUCAGACUGCAGGUGCAAGGCGAAACCUCUGGAUUCUUGUUACGUGUCAGUUUGUUCUACGAAGAAGCUGUCAUAUCAAGCGCCGCACCACCAAAAUACCAAGGCAUGCUCGGAACGAUGAAAACUAUCGCCCUGGAGGAAGGACCAAGGGGUCUGUACAAAGGCCUGGCGCCUGGCUUGCAGCGACAGAUGUGCUUCUCAGCCAUCAAACUGGGCAUGUACGACACGUUCAAGGACUUCUACCACUCUCUCAUCGGAGGCCCCAGCCAGAACUACGUCAACAUUCCGACCCGCGUCAUGGCUGGCAUGACGACCGGCGCCCUGGCCGUCAUGGUCGCCCAGCCCACCGACGUCGUCAAGGUGCGAAUGCAAGCCCAGAGUCAGUCAAAGGGACCACCGCGGUACAAAACGUCCCUACAGGCCUACAGCACUAUUUUCAGAUCGGAAGGUCUCCGAGGGCUGUGGAAAGGGUUCAUGCCGAACGUGAUGCGGAACGCGAUCGUGAACGUGUCGGAGACGGUGUGCUACGACGUCACCAAGGACACGCUGCUCUACUACAACGUCUUGCAAAACGGCGUCCCGCUGCACUUCAGCGCUGCAGCCGCUGCCGGCCUCUGCGCGACUGUGGUGGCAUCUCCCGUCGACGUUAUUAAGACUCGGUACAUGAACGCGGCGCCAGGGGAGUACCGCGGCGCCGUGGACGCGGCAGUCAGGAUGUUCAUGCAGGAGGGGCCUGGAGCCUUCUACAAAGGGUUUGCACCAUCGUUCUGUCGCCUAGGUAGCUGGAACAUCUGCAUGUGGCUCACGUACGAACAAGUCAAAGAGAUGGUCCGCCGCAACCGGGAGUCGUAGGCAGUGCCAUCUACCGAUCUGCGCCACCACGGCGACCCGGGAGCCACCUAGCGGGCUGAUGGCCAGUCAGUAGAUGGCUCGAGCGGCCGCUGCUGUGCUGGAGAGGCGGCAGCACCGGCUGCAGUGAUGGCGCAGCGGCCGGCCCAGGACGGCGGCCUCACUAGUUGGCCCGUGGGAGGGCAUGAGCCGGGAGCAGUGCCCACCGGUGCCGUCGGGGCUGGCAGGGGGGUGACGGCCGGCCUCCCCCGCCGAGCGGCAGGCGUGUUGUACGGCAAGCAGUCUCAGACGUUCCAGACGGAUGCCUCCCCGUGUGAGGAUGUGACAUAGUGUUACACUUGGUGAUAGCUGACGCAAUACCUGCCGCUUUGGCAGGCAGCAUUGUGUGCAUUUUCUGCAUAUCAGAGCUCGUCGUUGUGACGUUAGGCUGUAUGGUAAACUGGAAGGCGAUACUGUGUUCAGAGUAUGCAUUGGCCAACUACGGAAAUCAUAUGUUACUCAAGCGCAUUGCCUUCGAGUAAUGCUGCUGACAAGUGCUUAUGUUAGAUCCUCGCUGCGCUUGGCCGCAUUCAAAUUAAGAACUGUUGUGGCCGAGUUUGAUCGCGAUGUUGAGCUAAAAUCGCACGGCCAGGGAGCACUGGAGCAGCCAUGCUGUCUGUGUUUCAGAUGGCAAUUGUCAAACCACGGCUGUCCACCGUCUUGAAAAGCUGGAGUGAUGUAUCCGUAUCAUUAAACGUGUCCAGUGCUGUAGACGGCUGCUAGUUAGAUUCUUUAUAAAUGAAUCGCGGUUAUAUGGUGGCACGUUCGUCUUGUGCCAUUGUUGAACAACUGUCUAUCACAUAGACGCUGACGAAUUUUUCGUUAUAUUUCACGGGAUGAUUGACCAGUGUACGAUGUGAAUGGACCCCGAAUAUAUUUUACUAGCCAGUG